UUUAAAAUAAUUCAGUGAUGUCUCGGGAAUACUAGCACACCCUCUUCAUUCAGCUGAGCGCGGGACUGUGCAUUAAUUCAAGAGCAAUGUUCUGUGAUGGUGCCCGAGAUGCGUGGACUGAGCCCAGACCGCAGGCUGCCCGAGCCCGCCCCCUGCCCGGCUGCGGGGAGCCCUGAGCCCAGGUCCGCGGGCCGCCGCCAACGCCACGUCCUGGCCCUGCCGGAAGAAGAGGCAUGGCGGCCCCAGCAGUGCGCUCUGCUCGAGGCCGACGCCUCGGACGAGGUGGGCAUGCUGCCGGCUUCCCCGCGCGCCGCCUCUGGCUUCGACAGCUUCUUCCAGGUGCAGGAGGGCGAGGGCCAGGGCUGGGAGGGCGCCAUGGCACUGGAGGCGGGCUCCAGCCCUUUCCUGCCGGUGAGCCCCGAGGUCAUGAAGCGGCGGCGCGGGGGCCUCAUCGAGCAGCGCGACAUCAUCAAGGCCCACGAGGCGCACAAGAUGCAGAGCACCCCGCAGGCCCGGCGCAAGGAAUGGGAGAUGGCUCGCUUCGGGGAGGCGGUGGUCGCCAGGCCAGGGUCCGGCGAUGGAGACUCGGACCAGAGCAGGAACCGGCAAGGAACCCCCGUGCCGGCCUCGGGGCAGGCGGCCGCCUACAAGCAGACGAAAGCGCAGAGGGCGCGGACUAUGGCUUUGUACAACCCCAUUCCCGUCCGGCAGAACUGUUUCACCGUCAACAGAUCCCUGUUCAUCUUCGGAGAAGAUAACAUUGUCAGGAAAUAUGCCAAGAAGCUCAUCGAUUGGCCGCCAUUUGAGUACAUGAUCCUGGCCACCAUCAUUGCCAACUGCAUCGUCCUGGCCCUGGAGCAGCAUCUUCCUGAGGAUGACAAGACCCCCAUGUCCCGAAGACUGGAGAAGACAGAACCUUAUUUCAUUGGGAUCUUUUGCUUUGAAGCUGGGAUCAAAAUUGUGGCCCUGGGGUUCAUCUUCCAUAAGGGCUCAUACCUCCGCAAUGGCUGGAAUGUCAUGGACUUCAUCGUGGUCCUCAGUGGCAUCCUGGCCACUGCAGGAACCCACUUCAAUACUCAUGUGGACCUGAGGACCCUCCGGGCUGUGCGUGUCCUGCGGCCCUUGAAGCUCGUGUCAGGGAUACCUAGCCUGCAGAUUGUGUUGAAGUCCAUCAUGAAGGCCAUGGUACCUCUUCUGCAGAUUGGCCUUCUGCUCUUCUUUGCCAUCCUGAUGUUUGCUAUCAUUGGUUUGGAGUUCUACAGUGGCAAGUUACAUCGAGCAUGCUUCAUGAACAAUUCAGGUAUUCUAGAAGGAUUUGACCCCCCUCACCCAUGUGGUGUGCAGGGCUGCCCAGCUGGUUAUGAAUGCAAGGACUGGAUCGGCCCCAAUGAUGGGAUCACCCAGUUUGAUAACAUCCUUUUUGCUGUGCUGACUGUCUUCCAGUGCAUCACCAUGGAAGGGUGGACCACCGUGCUGUACAAUACCAAUGAUGCCUUAGGAGCCACCUGGAAUUGGCUGUACUUCAUCCCCCUCAUCAUCAUUGGAUCCUUCUUUGUUCUCAACCUAGUCCUGGGAGUGCUUUCCGGGGAAUUUGCCAAAGAGAGAGAGAGAGUGGAGAACCGAAGGGCUUUCAUGAAGCUGCGGCGCCAGCAGCAGAUUGAGCGUGAGCUGAAUGGCUACCGUGCCUGGAUAGACAAAGCAGAGGAAGUCAUGCUCGCUGAAGAAAAUAAAAAUGCUGGAACAUCCGCUUUAGAAGUGCUUCGAAGGGCAACCAUCAAGAGGAGCCGGACAGAGGCCAUGACUCGAGACUCCAGUGAUGAGCACUGUGUUGAUAUCUCCUCUGUGGGCACACCUCUGGCCCGAGCCAGUAUCAAAAGUGCAAAGGUAGAUGGGGUCUCUUAUUUCCGGCACAAGGAAAGGCUUCUGCGCAUCUCCAUUCGCCACAUGGUUAAAUCCCAGGUGUUUUACUGGAUUGUGCUGAGCCUUGUGGCACUCAACACUGCCUGUGUGGCCAUUGUCCAUCACAACCAGCCCCAGUGGCUCACCCACCUCCUCUACUAUGCAGAAUUUCUGUUUCUGGGACUCUUCCUCUUGGAGAUGUCCCUGAAGAUGUAUGGCAUGGGGCCUCGCCUUUAUUUUCACUCUUCAUUCAACUGCUUUGAUUUUGGGGUCACAGUGGGCAGUAUCUUUGAAGUGGUCUGGGCAAUCUUCAGACCUGGUACGUCUUUUGGAAUCAGUGUCUUGCGAGCCCUCCGGCUUCUAAGAAUAUUUAAAAUAACCAAGUAUUGGGCUUCCCUACGGAAUUUGGUGGUCUCCUUGAUGAGCUCAAUGAAGUCUAUCAUCAGUUUGCUUUUCCUCCUCUUCCUCUUCAUCGUUGUCUUUGCUCUCCUAGGAAUGCAGUUAUUUGGAGGCAGGUUUAACUUUAAUGAUGGGACUCCUUCGGCAAAUUUUGAUACCUUCCCUGCAGCCAUCAUGACCGUGUUCCAGAUCCUGACGGGUGAGGACUGGAAUGAGGUGAUGUACAAUGGGAUCCGCUCCCAGGGUGGGGUCAGCUCAGGCAUGUGGUCUGCCAUCUACUUCAUUGUGCUCACCUUGUUUGGCAACUACACGCUACUGAAUGUGUUCUUGGCUAUCGCUGUGGAUAAUCUCGCCAACGCCCAGGAACUGACCAAGGAUGAACAGGAGGAAGAAGAGGCCUUCAACCAGAAACAUGCACUGCAGAAGGCCAAGGAGGUCAGCCCGAUGUCUGCACCCAACAUGCCUUCGAUCGAAAGAGACAGAAGGAGAAGACACCACAUGUCGAUGUGGGAGCCACGCAGCAGCCACCUGAGGGAGCGGAGGCGCCGGCACCACAUGUCCGUGUGGGAGCAGCGUACCAGCCAGCUGAGGAAGCACAUGCAGAUGUCCAGCCAGGAGGCCCUCAACAGAGAGGAGGCACCGACCAUGAACCCGCUCAACCCCCUCAACCCGCUCAGCUCCCUCAACCCGCUCAAUGCCCACCCCAGCCUUUAUCGGCGACCCAGGGCCAUUGAGGGCCUGGCCCUGGGCCUGGCCCUGGAGAAGUUCGAGGAGGAGCGCAUCAGCCGUGGGGGGUCCCUCAAGGGGGAUGGAGGGGACCGAUCCAGUGCCCUGGACAACCAGAGGACCCCUUUGUCCCUGGGCCAGCGGGAGCCACCGUGGCUGGCCAGGCCCUGUCAUGGAAACUGUGACCCGACUCAGCAGGAGGCAGGGGGAGGAGAGGCUGUGGUGACCUUUGAGGACCGGGCCAGGCACAGGCAGAGCCAACGGCGCAGCCGGCAUCGCCGCGUCAGGACAGAAGGCAAGGAGUCCUCUUCAGCCUCCCGGAGCAGGUCUGCCAGCCAGGAACGCAGUCUGGAUGAAGCCAUGCCCACUGAAGGGGAGAAGGACCAUGAGCUCAGGGGCAACCAUGGUGCCAAGGAGCCAACGAUCCAAGAAGAGAGAGCCCAGGAUUUAAGGAGGACCAACAGUCUGAUGGUGUCCAGAGGCUCCGGGCUGGCAGGAGGCCUUGAUGAGGCUGACACCCCCCUAGUCCUGCCCCAUCCUGAGUUGGAAGUGGGGAAGCACGUGGUGCUGACGGAGCAGGAGCCAGAAGGCAGCAGUGAGCAGGCCCUGCUGGGGAAUGUGCAGCUAGACAUGGGCCGGGUCAUCAGCCAGAGCGAGCCCGACCUCUCCUGCAUCACGGCCAACACGGACAAGGCCACCACUGAGAGCACCAGCGUCACCGUCGCCAUCCCCGACGUGGACCCCUUGGUGGACUCAACCGUGGUGCACAUUAGCAACAAGACGGAUGGGGAAGCCAGUCCCUUGAAGGAGGCAGAGAUCAGAGAGGAUGAGGAGGAGGUGGAGAAGAAGAAGCAGAAGAAGGAGAAGCGUGAGACAGGCAAAGCCAUGGUGCCCCACAGCUCAAUGUUCAUCUUCAGCACCACCAACCCGAUCCGGAGGGCCUGCCACUACAUCGUGAACCUGCGCUACUUUGAGAUGUGCAUCCUCCUGGUGAUUGCAGCCAGCAGCAUCGCCCUGGCGGCAGAGGACCCCGUCCUGACCAACUCGGAGCGCAACAAAGUCCUGAGGUAUUUUGACUAUGUGUUCACGGGCGUGUUCACCUUUGAGAUGGUUAUAAAGAUGAUAGACCAAGGCUUGAUCCUGCAGGAUGGGUCCUACUUCCGAGACUUGUGGAACAUCCUGGACUUUGUGGUGGUCGUUGGCGCACUGGUGGCCUUUGCUCUGGCGAACGCUUUGGGAACCAACAAAGGACGGGACAUCAAGACCAUCAAGUCUCUGCGGGUGCUCCGAGUUCUAAGGCCACUGAAAACCAUCAAGCGCUUGCCCAAGCUCAAGGCCGUCUUCGACUGCGUAGUGACCUCCUUGAAGAAUGUCUUCAACAUACUCAUUGUGUACAAGCUCUUCAUGUUCAUCUUUGCUGUCAUCGCAGUUCAGCUCUUCAAGGGAAAGUUCUUUUAUUGCACGGACAGUUCCAAGGACACAGAGAAGGAGUGCAUAGGCAACUAUGUAGAUCAUGAGAAAAACAAGAUGGAGGUGAAGGGCCGGGAAUGGAAGCGCCAUGAAUUCCACUACGACAACAUUAUCUGGGCCCUGCUGACCCUCUUCACCGUCUCCACAGGGGAAGGAUGGCCUCAAGUUCUGCAGCACUCUGUAGAUGUGACAGAGGAAGACCGAGGCCCAAGCCGCAGCAACCGCAUGGAGAUGUCUAUCUUUUAUGUAGUCUACUUUGUGGUCUUCCCCUUCUUCUUUGUCAAUAUCUUUGUGGCUCUCAUCAUCAUCACCUUCCAGGAGCAAGGGGAUAAGAUGAUGGAGGAGUGCAGCCUGGAGAAGAAUGAGAGGGCGUGCAUCGACUUCGCCAUCAGCGCCAAACCUCUCACCCGCUACAUGCCGCAGAACAGACACACCUUCCAGUACCGCGUGUGGCACUUUGUGGUGUCUCCGUCCUUUGAGUACACCAUUAUGGCCAUGAUCGCCUUGAAUACCGUUGUGCUGAUGAUGAAGUAUUACUCUGCUCCCUGUACCUAUGAGCUGGCCCUGAAGUACCUGAAUAUCGCCUUCACCAUGGUGUUUUCCCUGGAAUGUGUCCUGAAGGUCAUCGCUUUUGGCUUUUUGAACUAUUUCCGAGACACCUGGAAUAUCUUUGACUUCAUCACCGUGAUUGGCAGUAUCACAGAAAUUAUCCUGACAGACAGCAAGCUGGUGAACACCAGUGGCUUCAAUAUGAGCUUUCUGAAGCUCUUCCGAGCUGCCCGCCUCAUAAAGCUCCUGCGUCAGGGCUAUACCAUACGCAUUUUGCUGUGGACCUUUGUGCAGUCCUUUAAGGCCCUCCCUUAUGUCUGCCUUUUAAUUGCCAUGCUUUUCUUCAUUUAUGCCAUCAUUGGGAUGCAGGUAUUUGGAAACAUAAAAUUAGACGAGGAGAGUCACAUCAACCGGCACAACAACUUCCGGAGUUUCUUUGGGUCCCUAAUGCUACUCUUCAGGAGUGCCACAGGUGAAGCCUGGCAGGAGAUUAUGCUGUCAUGCCUUGGGGAGAAGGGCUGUGAGCCUGACACCACCGCACCAUCAGGGCAGAACGAGAACGAACGCUGCGGCACCGAUCUGGCCUACGUGUACUUUGUCUCCUUCAUCUUCUUCUGCUCCUUCUUGAUGCUCAACCUGUUCGUGGCCGUCAUCAUGGACAACUUUGAGUACCUGACUCGGGACUCCUCCAUCCUGGGGCCUCACCACUUGGACGAGUUUGUCCGCGUCUGGGCAGAAUAUGACCGAGCAGCAUGUGGCCGCAUCCAUUACACUGAGAUGUAUGAAAUGCUGACUCUCAUGUCACCUCCGCUAGGCCUCGGCAAGAGAUGUCCCUCCAAAGUGGCAUAUAAGAGGUUGGUCCUGAUGAACAUGCCAGUAGCUGAGGACAUGACGGUCCACUUCACCUCCACACUUAUGGCUCUGAUCCGGACAGCUCUGGACAUUAAAAUUGCCAAAGGUGGUGCAGACAGGCAGCAGCUAGACUCAGAGCUACAAAAGGAGACCCUAGCCAUCUGGCCUCACCUAUCCCAGAAGAUGCUGGAUCUGCUUGUGCCCAUGCCCAAAGCCUCUGACCUGACUGUGGGCAAAAUCUAUGCAGCAAUGAUGAUCAUGGACUACUAUAAGCAGAGUAAGGUGAAGAAGCAGAGGCAGCAGCUGGAGGAACAGAAAAAUGCCCCCAUGUUCCAGCGCAUGGAGCCUUCAUCUCUGCCUCAGGAGAUCAUUGCUAAUGCCAAAGCCCUGCCUUACCUCCAGCAGGACCCCGUUUCAGGCCUGAGUGGCCGGAGUGGAUACCCUUCGAUGAGUCCACUCUCUCCCCAGGAUAUAUUCCAGUUGGCUUGUAUGGACCCCGCCGAUGAUGGACAGUUCCAAGAACGGCAGUCUCUGGAGCCAGAGGUUAGUGAAUUAAAAAGCGUGCAGCCCUCUAACCAUGGCAUCUACCUUCCUUCGGACACCCAGGAGCAUGCGGGAUCUGGGAGGGCAUCUUCUAUGCCACGUCUGACUGUGGAUCCCCAGGUGGUGACAGACCCUAGCUCCAUGAGACGUUCAUUUUCCACUAUUCGGGAUAAGCGUUCAAAUUCCUCGUGGUUGGAGGAAUUCUCCAUGGAGCGAAGCAGUGAAAAUACCUACAAGUCCCGUCGCCGGAGUUACCACUCCUCCUUGCGGCUGUCAGCCCACCGCCUGAACUCUGAUUCAGGCCACAAGUCUGACACUCACCGCUCAGGGGGCAGGGAGCGGGGACGGUCAAAAGAGCGAAAGCAUCUUCUCUCUCCUGAUGUCUCCCGCUGCAAUUCAGAAGAGCGAGGGACCCAGGCUGACUGGGAGUCCCCAGAGCGCCGUCAAUCCAGGUCACCCAGUGAGGGCAGGUCACAGACGCCCAACAGACAGGGCACAGGUUCCCUAAGUGAGAGCUCCAUCCCCUCUGUCUCUGACACCAGCACCCCAAGAAGAAGUCGUCGGCAGCUCCCACCCGUCCCGCCAAAGCCCCGGCCCCUCCUUUCCUACAGCUCCCUGAUUCGACACGCGGGCAGCAUCUCUCCACCUGCUGAUGGAAGCGAGGAGGGCUCCCCGCUGACCUCCCAAGCACUGGAGAGCAACAAUGCUUGCCUGACCGAGUCUUCCAACUCUCCGCACCCCCAGCAGAGCCAACAUGCCUCCCCACAGCGCUACAUCUCCGAGCCCUACUUGGCCCUGCACGAAGACUCCCAUGCCUCAGACUGUGGUGAGGAGGAGACGCUCACUUUCGAAGCAGCCGUGGCUACUAGCCUGGGCCGUUCCAACACCAUCGGCUCAGCCCCACCCCUGCGGCAUAGCUGGCAGAUGCCCAACGGGCACUAUCGGCGGCGGAGGCGCGGGGGCCCUGGGCCAGGCAUGAUGUGUGGGGCUGUCAACAACCUGCUAAGUGACACGGAAGAAGAUGACAAAUGCUAGAGGCUGCUCCCCCCUCCGAUGCAUGCUCUUCUCUCACAUGGAGAAAACCAAGACAGAAUUGGGAAGCCAGUGCGGCCCGGGGGGGAGGAAGAGGGAAAAGGAAGAUGGAAGGACACCAUGCAUUAUCAGAGAAGAGGAAGUAAAGGACAAUCAGAACACCAGUCAAACCCACCAAAUUGCUUUAUUCCCCUUUGCAAGAUGGGCACUGCCAUAGUUCUGCCUCUUUGCUGGGGAAAGAUACCAGGAACGUGGAGGGUUAUUACUGCGGGAGAAGGGACACGAGGAUGGCUUUGCUUCCCCUUGCCCCUUCCCACUUUUCUAAAAGCUGUGGAGGGAUCUAGCUGGCCUAUGUCUACACUCAGUGCCCUGAGAAGCCUGGAAGACUUUCUGGCUCUUAACUGGGGAGUAGUGGAGACCAUAGGAGAGGACUCUCCUCCCUCACCAGCUCUUACGCCUCAGCCAGCACCACUGCCACCAGGGCAACUGCAGCAGCAUCUCAUGCAUAACCCUGUGGCUUGCUUCCCCCAGGGCAGCACAGGCUAAGUCAGGAACAUCGGAUGCCAGGGAGGGAGGAGAAAGCCGAAGCGAAAGGGGUCAGGGUGCUGAGGCAACAGCAGCAAGGGCUGGUCUGGACAAGAAAAGCCAUAGCCCGGCAGCCCCUACCAUGAGGGAGACAGAGAAACAGAACUGGUGGUGCUGGGGGGUAUAGCCCCCCAUCCUUGAGGCCUGUCACCCACACAGUAGGUGCUGAGACUUAGGACAGGUCAGGAAGUCCCCCAGGGUCCACAAAGGUGCCUGAGGCUCUGGUAAGGGUGAAGAUAAAAGUAUUUAACAACCGCUAUGGCAUCAAUGUAAGUGGGGUUUGGUCCUAGUGCCGGAGCCCAUGCUAUUGCAGCCAUUGGCUCUUUAGAUGCCAGUCAUGGGGGAACCCUGAGGGUGUGGGUACAGUAGCAGGGGCCACCUAAGAGAUUCAAAACAGAGUCUGUUUUCCAACCAGUGUGGAAGCAAUUAAAUAUGUGUAACAGUGCUACGACCACACCAGCACCUCCUGGCUGAAGGUCAGCCCACACUCUGGUCCAUGAGGCAGCAAGGCCAGUGCUGUGCCAAGCCCAGUAAGGCCAAGUGCCAGAGGCCCAGCCUUCCCUGCCACUCCUCUGAGAGGGCAGAACACACAUAUCCAAGUAGGCUACCCACCACUGGGUAGGGAUUUCUGUAAAGAUGGGAAAGGCUGAUAGAUUGAAAUAAGCUUCUGUGAAAGUCUGGAUUUACUGAGGACCUCCCCUGAGGAGGGACCGUUGGGACUGCAGCUUCUGCAGCUGGUGUGGGGUUCAGGUCAGUUUGACAGGAUGCUUUAAGGUGAUUAGUAAAUAUACCUCAGCUUAGACUUGGGCUGCUCCUUCUAGCAAAGCAGGCUCCAGUGGGGCCUCAUCAUACAGGAUGACAAGACUGGGGCCCUGGUCACCUUGAAUAUGCCCCUGGGCCAAGAUGGGGCUUCACCCCUCCCCAGAGUAAGAGCUGGGGCUGACAGUCCCACUCUGUCAUUCCUAAUGGCCCAAAUGCAGAAGCAGUGAGCAAGAGAGCCCUUUCUUGCCAAGCCAGUGCUCUUUUGGUAUAUGGCAUACAGCUCCAUCGGAGGGGACACAUCACUGGCUUUAUCUGGUGGAAAUGUACCUUUCCCUUAAGUUCAUCCUUAGUGCCAUCACAGCAGGUGAAUGGGUGCCCGACGGGGCCCCCCUUCCCCCACCAGGAACAGAUGGAGCCUGCCACCCAGGAUCCUGAUCUGCCCUGCACUGAGCACUCAGUGGAUAAACACUCCUCCAGCCCAGACACACUCCUCCUCUUGGGCAGGAGCAAUCCAGAGUUGUUAUUUUUCUUAGAAGGAGCCUCUUUUCCCUCUAUUUUUUAAAUUGAAAUAUAAUAGCUGCAUCAGCCCUGAAAAGCCAAAUUCAACCACAUGGCUGGAGAAUCAUUUGUCAUGGCCCCGCCUUCUCUUCUGAUACUGAUGGAGCUUUAUGACCCACGGUCAGCCCCCAAACCAAAGUUGUCCCAACAGAGGAGGCCAGUGAGGCAGAGACAGAGCUCUCCCACUCCCAGACCCUCUUUUGUCUUCAUUUUCCUCUCCCACUUAGCACAUGUGUGCUUGAGGGUGGCUGGGAAUGUGAUAUACAGCACCCUGAUCCUAACAGGUGUGAUCGUUACGUAAGACGCUGAUUCUGGGCCUUGUAUUGCUUUUAAAGUUUCCUCUGCUCAGCAUCAUUUCAUGCCAAAGUGCUGCUAUGGGCUGCUUUGUGUGCACAAAAUUGCUUUUUCCACCUCGGAAAUACAGCUUUCCCUAGGGGGAGGCCUACAACAGGACGACCAUUCUGAGCCAGCGAGUCUAUUGCAUGGUGUUUUGAGAAAGGGAAUUUUAGUGACACCUUAUGCCAUUUCAAGAGGAGAAAUGCAGGCUGGCAGAGCAAUUUCCAGAAAUGGAAUUUGCCUGCAAAUAGUAUAAACAACACUAAAUUUACUGUGCCAGGAAAUCUUCCUGAACUCCUUGAACUCAUACACACAGGUAUUUGAGUCCUGAAUAAAGUGUUGGAAAGCACUGCAGAUGCGGUCACCUGACUGACCACCUGGGUUUUCUAUUACCAGUGAAUUUCUUUUAUUCACCUUCCCUUGACCAAGAAAUUGGGUUUCUUUUCCCUCAGCCUGCACUUACUCUUCUAUUAAGACCAGAAAAUAAAAUAAUUUUCCAUUGAGUCACAAACUCAU